CCGGUGAACGAGUACAAAAGGAAACGGUUGUAUAUUUGUUGUAUCACAUGAUAAUUUUAAGCGAUUGAAGGCAGGGGGGAAUAAACCAGCGGACCAGGCAAAGUAGACAUCGCGUUAGCCAAGUUGGUCCAGCUCUUAAUUUUCACUCCCUUCGCGUACAAUUUGUAGAAUAAUCAUUAGCUCGUUAGCUGGCACGGCGGAAUUUUACGUCGUUUCGAAAACUAUUGUUUGUGGCUUUCUUAGAAAGCCAUAGUUUGUCGGUUUAAUAAUUAGGCGAUCGCUUCCGCUUCCAGCAACACAAACAAACACGGAUCUGACAUUUCUGCAGUAUUUAACCAUUAAUCCUAGUUGGAUUGUUCGUUAAUCAUGUUGCUGCGUAUAGUAACUCCCAGCUCGUCCCUGUGCAACGCUGUCCUCCGCCUGCCACAGUCCAUAUCAGGUCAACGCUUUACUAGAGUGCAGCGUCAAACAGGAGUCUUGGCUGUGCAGAAUGCUCGUCUUUAUGUUAGCCAGGCUGCCGAGGCAGUAUUGGAGAAGCCAGCAGUUGGCAGUGAUGCUGUUGCCAAGGUGGACGAGAAGGCUGUCAGUGUGGAGUCAAAGUCAUUUGCGAUGAACAUGUUUAAAGGGAAGAUCAGUACCUCACAGGUGUUCCCGUUUCCCUCAGUGCUGAAUGAGGAUCAGUCUCAGUUUCUCCGGGAGCUGGUGGGGCCUUGUGAGAAAUUCUUUGAAGAGGUCAAUGAUCCUGCUAAGAAUGAUGUCCUAGAGAAGGUGGAAGACCAUACCUUAGAGGGCCUAAAGGAGAUGGGGGCCUUUGGGCUGCAGGUGCCUGCUGACCUCGGCGGCGUGGGUCUCAUAAACACACAGUACGCUAGGCUGGUGGAGAUCGUGGGCAUGCAUGACCUGGGUGUGGGCAUCACCCUUGGUGCACACCAGUCCAUUGGCUUUAAGGGCAUUCUCCUGUUUGGCAACCAGCAGCAGAAAGUGAAAUACCUGCCCAAGCUGGCUUCAGGGGAAACGAUGGCAGCGUACUGUCUGACUGAGCCGACCAGCGGCUCCGAUGCUGCCUCCAUCAGGACCAAUGCUGUGCCCUCCCCAUGUGGAAAGUACUACAUCCUCAAUGGGAGCAAGAUCUGGAUCAGUAACGGAGGUCUGGCUGAGAUCUUCACUGUGUUUGCUAAGACUCCAGUGCAGGAUAAGAGAACUGGAGAAGUGAAGGAGAAGAUCACUGCUUUCAUUGUGGAGAGGAGCUUUGGAGGGGUCACAAGUGGCCCUCCAGAGAAAAAGAUGGGCAUCAAGGCCUCAAACACAGCAGAGGUGUAUUUCGAGAACGUUCACGUGCCUGCCGAGUGUGUCCUGGGUGAGCUUGGGGGCGGGUUCAAAGUAGCAAUGAACAUCCUCAACAACGGCCGCUUCGGCAUGGCCGCCGCACUCUCUGGAACCAUGAAGGGUGUCCUCACUAAAGCGGUGGAUCACGCUGCCAACAGGACCCAGUUCGGCCACAAGAUCCACACCUUUGGGAGCAUUCAGGAAAAGAUCGCCAGAAUGGCCAUGCUGCAGUAUGUUACAGAGUCCAUGGCCUAUAUGAUCAGUGGGAAUAUGGACAGUGGAGCAACAGAUUUCCAGAUUGAGGCAGCCAUCAGUAAAAUCUUUGCUUCUGAAGCAGCAUGGACGGUGGCAGAUGAGUGCAUUCAGAUUAUGGGCGGAAUGGGAUUUAUGAAGGAGCCUGGUGUUGAGAGGGUAAUGAGAGACCUAAGAAUCUUCCGCAUCUUUGAGGGCACCAACGACAUCCUGCGUCUGUUUGUGGCACUCAAUGGCUUCCAGAAUGCAGGCAACCAGCUGAAGAGUCUACAGAAAGCACUGAAGAAUCCAAUAGGCAAUGCUAGUCUGCUAGCUGGAGAGAUCACUAAGCGAGCCAAGAGGAAGGCAGGCAUGGAUUCAGGUCUCACCCUCCAGGGAGCUAUCCACCCAGACCUGGGUCACAGUGGCGAGCUGACAGUUAAAGCCAUCGAACAGUUUGGAGUGGUCAUUGAAGAGCAGCUUUUAAAGCAUGGCAAGAAGAUCAUUGAUGAGCAGUUUGUUCUGAAAAGAGUUGCUGAUAUAGCCAUUGACUUGUACGCUAUGGUGGUUGUGCUGUCUAGAGCCUCCAGGGCACUCAGUCAGGGCCAAGCUUCUGCUCAACAUGAAAAGAUGCUGUGUGAAACUUGGUGCAUCCAGGCCCAUGACAGGAUAAUGCAGGAAAUUAAGUUUCUGAAGUCUGGUACAUCCAAGCAGGUCUUCAAGAACCUGCGUGCCAUUUCGUCCGCUGUGGUCGAAAAUGGAGGCAUGGUGAACCCCAAUCCCCUGGGCUUUUAAAGACUCGCCAGUUCUCUCACUCUGUCAUUACUAAUCAAGCCAACGUAUCCACUAACCAACCUAUGGGUCAUCGCGCUUUUCUUAUGGAUUUUCCCAAAGGUGCUUUAAUAGCAUAAUGUGCUGAAGUCUGUGAAUGUAGAGAAAAGUAAAAAACAAAAAUCUGAGAACUGGAUGUUGUGAAGUUCUCAAAAUUGGUUUUUGUUUAAAACACCUUUUCUUUCAGUAGAGUAGAGACUGAACUCUAUCGACUAAACCAUCCUGAUGAUCCUGUUUAUGGUUAUGAUUUUCUGCCGAAUCAGAGAUCUCAGUUCAUUUUGAGACAGCAUUGAGGGAUUAAGCCCUUAAUAUCCAAAACAAAGCUUUCACUGAUGGUUCUGAACUUUAUGAAUAUAAACAGGAAGUGUUUGCAAUAUGUUUGGUGAUUUAUUAUUUUUUUGCAAGAAAUGUAAAUUGUAAUUAUUCAUACAGGACCAUAUGCUUCACCAUGACACAGUUUGGGGUACUAACGGUUCAGCUGCAAGUUAUGCAACUGAAAGAAUGCAUACAUAAAAGGGAAUUUCUGUUCA